AUGGCUAUUUAUUUGAGCGAUGACGAAAAUCAAAAUCAAAUAGCAUCGAUGCUAAAAUACGCCGAAGAAGUGCGCGAAUUGGCAUUUGAUGAAGGUUUCCCCGCAGCCAAAUCGUACGAUGAGGCAUUUAUAAUUCACAAGAAAUCGUGUAAUUUUACUUGGGAUUACAGAUCUGAGGAGCUUUACAAAAAAGCUCAAAAGGUGAAAAAUUCUCGUUUUCGUGACUACCAGUCCAAUAAGCCCCAAAAUCGCAAACAACAGGGUAAAUGCUACAGGUUCGCUAACACGGGAAAUGUUUUAAACGAAACUGCUCCUACUCUCACACCUGCACAAAAUGAAACUCAGACCAUCACCCUUCAAAACAAUGUUCUACCCCCGGAAAUUCUAACCAGACCGUUACUGACCAAAAAAGUCGAAACAAUAAGUAAUAAGGCAAAUGGUUCCCCUGAUAAUUACCAAUAUUAUGCGCAUUUUUACUUCAAUGAUAAAACACUAUGUACCCCGGUUUACACCAAUGUUCUCCAAGCCUUAUUAUACGGUUAUGACAAAAUUAAAUACGAUUAUCUUGUCAAUGGUUUUAAGAACGGGUUCGAUUUGAUAUACAAUGGAAACAGGGAAGAUUCUGUCAUUGUUACAAACAAUCAUCACUCUGCCUUAAAAAUGCCAGAGAUAGUGAUUUCAUACAUUACUAAAGAACUAACUCAGGGCAGAUUGUCUGCUUCCAAAUGACGCAUCUGGGAUUAGAAUUAGUCCUAUAGGCUUGGUACCCAAAAAGGAAAAAGAUGAAUAUCGAAUUAUUCACGGCUUAAUCUUCCCUCGUGGAAAUUCAAUUAAUGAUGGCAUUGAGAAAGUUGAUUCUGCUGUGCAUUAUCAGACCAUCGAUGACAUAACAGAAAUGGUCCAAAUAUGUGGUAAAUGUGACGUUAAAAAUGUCUUUAAGAUUGUUCCAAUUCGGAGGGAGGACUGGCCACUUUUGGGUAUUUU